UAUAAAAAACCAAAUUGCAAAAUAAUUACCUCUUUAACGACACCGUAUCCUAAAUCAACCAUCAAACCCUAAUUUAUCACACGCGCCACCGUAAUCCUCUACUCCGGCGACCACCAUGCCACGUCGCAAACGGGAGAAUCUCCCACUGGAAAGUUCAACCGGCAAUUAUCCAUCAAAGCGUAGAAAACAUUCUCAUUUCGAAUCUUCAAGCUCUAAUCGACUAGCAUCUUCUUCCUCAUCUUCUAGGAAAUGGGUUUUCUCUUCUGAAGAUUAUUCUGAUUGCGCCGAUACGAUUGUAGUUGUUUCAUACAAUAUACUUGGCGUUGAAAAUGCAUCAAAUCAUCUGGAUUUGUAUUCUAAUAUCCCUCGACGUUUCCUGGAUUGGGGCAGACGUAAGAGGCUCAUACUUGAAGAGAUUGAUAGCUACAAUGCAAGCAUACUCUGUUUCCAGGAGGUUGAUCAUUUUGAUGAUUUAGAUGAUCUUUUUCAGAACAAUGGCUUUAAAAGUGUUUACAAGGGUCGCACGGGAGAAGCCAAUGAUGGAUGUGCUAUAUUUUGGAAAGACAAAUUAUUCAGUCUUUUGCACCAAGAAGAUAUAGAGUUUCAGAAAUUUGGUAUGCGUCACAAUGUUGCCCAACUUUGUGUUUUGGAGGUAAACAAUAAUAAUCCAGAAUCUGACACAUGUAAACUAACAGCCGAGGAACAAUCCACGAAAAACAAAAGAUUUGUAAUAGGAAAUAUACAUGUGCUGUUCAACCCUAACCGUGGUGAUAUCAAACUUGGCCAGGUCAGGCUUUUAAUUGAUAAAGCUUACAAGUUAUCACAAGAAUGGGGUGACAUCCCUGUUAUUUUAGCUGGGGAUUUAAACAGUGUUCCACAGAGUGCAAUAUAUAAAUUUCUGUCUUCAUCUAAGUUAGACAUCCAAUCACAUGAUCGCAGAAAUAUGUCUGGACAGCUUGAAAUCCGGCCCAAUCACAGAGAAUUCAGAUCGAACAUUUCAAUGUCUGUUUCAAGGCAGUUGCUACACAAAUGGAGUGCGGAAGAACUAAUCCUUGCAACUGGCGCAAAAGGAGUCACUUGUCUUCAGCACCAACUCAAGCUCCGCAGUGCUUAUAGUGGUGUCCCUGGAAAGCAUAGAACAAGAGAUGAUAUUGGGGAGCCCUUGGCAACAUCGUACCACUCUAAGUUCAUGGGAACAGUUGAUUAUAUCUGGCAUUCCGAGGAACUUACUCCAGUCAGAGUUCUUGAAACCUUACCCGUUGAUGUUCUUAGAAGAACUAGAGGACUCCCUACCGAGAAAUGGGGAAGUGAUCACCUUGCUGUUGUAUGUGAACUGGCCUUUGCAAAAAGUGAUGAAAGUUCUGAAUCUUCUGAUCUUCCUAGUGAUGAAAGUUCUGAAUCUUCUGAUAUUCCUUAGAGUAUGCAUGAAAUCAGAGCCUUAAGCUGAUGGACACGUAUGUAAAUUGAGGGUCAAAGCAUUUUCAAUGUCAAGACCUGUUCUUGCACUGCUCAUUCCUCCAUGAGAUCAAACUUUGAAUUGCUCCUGAUAAUCUGGAACAAACAUCAUGUUUCAACAGAUCUGCAGAGUGCAAAUUCUCCUUGUGAACAUGCUAGGUAACAACCUGUUGUAAAAUUCAGAUAACAGUUGGUAUUUUUCAGACAUAAUUUAUGUAUCAGAGACUAAUUAUGUAUCAUUAUCACUAAUCUGUUGUAAGGUUUUCUCAAUAAUUGCUGCACCUUUAGGUAGGAACUAAGAACUGUAUUCUCCAUAAGUUAAUUUAUUUCAAUUAUUUAUCUAUCCA